AUGGCUGCAUGGCUGCAUGGAGCAUCUCCCUCUGCAGAGAGCCCGGGCUACUGCCCCCGUGCUGGCAGUGCCAUCGGGCCAAGCUGUGGGACAAGAUGUCACAACGACACCGCAUGCCCCUCGGGGGAGAAGUGCUGCACCCGCGGCUGCUGCACCCGCUGCGUGCUGGCUGAGCCAGCCAAACCUGGGCUCUGCCCACGGAAGCGUGCCCAGAGCAGAGCUGCUGCCUGCCCCAACCGCUGCACCGAUGACCGGGACUGCCCUGGGGAACACAAGUGCUGCUUCUCCGGCUGUGGGCUGGCCUGCACCCCUCCAGACACAGGGAGCCACCGUGCCACAGCGAAGUCUGGCGUGUGCCCCGUGGUGCUGCGGGGCUCCUUGGGGCCCUGCCUGGAGCUGUGUGACACUGACAGUGACUGCACUGGGGACGACAAGUGCUGCACCACUGGCUGUGGCCACAUCUGCAAACCACCCACCAAGGGUAAGCCAUCAGCACCCUGUGGGGACGAGACCCCUGUGCCCCCUCCCUGCCUGUCACCCACAGCCAGCUUCCACAGCAGGCAGCUCAACUUCAGCUGCCCUGCCUCUUCAGGCGCCCCUGCUACAGACUUUAAACCAAGCCCCAGCUCAGCUCCAGACAUGCACAACAUCCCCAGCAGCAGCAUGAGCCCAGGAGUUUUCCUCCUCUUGGGCCUCCUCAUCCUCAGGGCAGAGCCGAGCGUAACACCAGAGAAGGGUGGGGACUCCCAGAAACCGGGGCGGUGUCCACGGGACUUCAUGCGCUGCUUGCGCCUGGAGUCCCCGCUCUGCGCCAACGACUCCAGCUGCCCCGCUGGGCUCAAGUGCUGCCUCUGGGAGUGCCGGCUCCGCUGCAUCCCCCCGGCAGAAGAGAAGCCCGGUGCCUGCCCGGCAGCAGCCCCCGAGGGGCUCAUUGCCCCCUGCUCCUUCCCCUGCCUGGAGGACAAGGACUGCCUGGGAGCGCAGAAGUGCUGCCCGCUGGGCUGCGGCUCUGCCUGCCUGGAGCCGGCGCAGGACCAGCCCAAGCCCAGCGAGGGCCCCACGGUGCAGCCAGGAUCAUUCCGGGAGCGGUGCCGAGGUGACAGCGACUGCCCCGACGCGCAGAAAUGCUGCAACAGCAGCUGCGGCCCCCAGUGCCCGCCGGGAGUGCCGGCCGAGGACACCAGCCCUGCCCCAGUGACCCAAAGGCCGCUGCAGCACCAGUGGGGAUGCCUCAAGGACGAGGACUGUCCCCCAGCCCACGUGUGCUGUCACCAGCUGUGCACCAGGCACUGUGGGACAAGCAGCCAAGGGAAGGAUGGAUUCUGCCCGGUCCGUGCCGGGCUCUUCCCCACUUACGACUGCAGAGCCUGGUGCCGGCACGAUGGCGAGUGCCCCCGAGAGGAGAAGUGCUGCCUCCGUGGCUGUGAUUCCGUCUGCCUGCCCCCGUCCCAAGAGAAACCAGGCAUCUGCCCUCUGGCUGAGGAGGCUCCGCUGGCCCCGUGUGGCACCGCCUGCACCAAGGACUGGCAGUGCCCGGGGGCUGAGAAAUGCUGCGGCAGCAGCAGAUGCGGCUCCGUGUGCUCAGCCCCCGAACCAGAAAAACCCGGUGAGUGCCCAAAGGUGAGGCCACAACCCGCAUCGGAGCCGUGCACGGAGAUGGACUCCUGCAGCCACGACAGGGACUGCUCCCGGCAGGAGAAGUGCUGCUUCUCCGGCUGCGCCAUGCGCUGCACCCGCCCUGCCCAAGAGCACCCCGGGCAGUGCCCGCGGGCAGGGCCGUGCUGGGAGCUGCGGCGCGGGCGGCAGUGCCUGGAUGACAGCGUCUGCGGGCGAGGGGAGAAGUGCUGUGACACCGGCUGCGGCCGCGAGUGCGUGGCCGUGCCCACAGACAGCGGGGACAAAGCUGAUGGCCGGUGUGUGGAGGAGUGCCAGGCAGAUUCUCAGUGUCCCCGCGGGCAGCGGUGCACCAGCAUCGGCUGUGGCCACGUCUGCAUGGACAUCCCUGGAGAGCAGGACACUGUGGCUGUGCCCCAGCCCAGUGCUGGGCGCUGCUCAGAGGAAUGUGAGGCCGACUCUCAGUGUCCCUGGGGACAGAGGUGCACCCGCACCUCCUGCAGCCGUGUCUGCAUGGACGCUCCUGGAGGUGAGGCACAGCAGACCCAGUGCUGCCCCAGGAGACGCCAGUGA